CUGCAUAGAACCACUACACAAUCAAUAACCCAAAUCGGACGACACAACAUGUCGCAGUCUAGCACUAACACGCGCCCAGUAAGGGUCGCCAACUGCUCUGGUUAUCAUGGUAAGCGAACAUAUUGUCCGUUUCCGAUUGCUUUUCGAAUGCUAAGCAAGUAUAGGCGAUCCAGCGGAAGAAAUGUACCAGCAGGCGACAUUGGGAGACGUUGAUUUUAUCACCGGUGAUUAUCUCGCAGGUAAAUAUGCGCAUUCGCGGAACUUGUAUAUAUGCGCUUCUGGGACUAAUACUAUGUGCAGAGGUCAAUUUGGCAAAUAACGCCCAGGCAUGGAGGGAUGGAAAACAUCCCGGGUACGAAGAAACCGCCUGGGAGGGCCUCCAGCAAACGAUCGAAGUCAUUGCACGAAAGCCUAUCCGAGUCGUGAUCAAUGGCGGUGCUCUUGAUCCGAAGGCUCUUGCGUUGAAAACACAGACUCUCAUCAACGAUAAGUGCCUUAGCCUUCGUGUCGCAUACUUAUCCGGCGAUGACCUUUACCCUCUUGUCGGACCCAAUAUGCCUUCCACCAAAGAAGAACUCCAGCAUCUGGAUUCCAGCAACCAUUCUGCAGUACCAUCUGAACUCACCUAUGCCUUUCUAAACAACCCUGAUUCGAAACCAGUCCCCAUGGUUUCCGCACACGCAUACCUAGGUGCUCGUGGUAUCGUGGAUGGUUUGCGCCGCGGGGCUGAUAUUGUCAUUUGCGGCCGUGUAGCCGAUGCUAGCCCGGUGAUUGCCGCCGCUUGGUUCUGGCAUAACUGGUCCGAAACAGACUAUGACCGGCUUGCGGGAUCGCUUAUUGCCGGGCAUUUGAUUGAAUGCUCCGCGUAUGUGACUGGAGGCAACUUCGCGGGGUUUGACAGUUAUCCGUUGGAUAAUCUUGUUGCGCCGGGUUUUCCUAUUGUCGAGAUUGCUGCGGACGGGACUUGUGUUGUCACUAAGCACCCGAAUACGCAGGGUAUGGUUAACGUUGAUACGGUUCGAUGUCAGUUUUUGUAUGAGCUGCAGGGGAAUACGUACCUCAACAGUGAUGUAAGCGCCUAUAUUGGUGACAUUGUCGUCGAGGAUGCGGGAAAAGAUAGGGUGCAUGUAUCCGGCAUUCGAGGAUCACUACCACCCCCAACCACGAAGCUCGCAGUCUUCUACCACGGAGGAUAUGAAGCCCAGCUCCUGCUCAACGCAACAGGAUAUGCAACGACGAAGAAAUGGGAUCUUCUCGAGAAGCAGAUCCGCCAUUUUCUUCCGGAUAACGUGAAGAACAACCUCGAGACACUGGAAUUCCAAAAGAUCGGUGUCCCAGCACAAAACCCAGCAUCCCAAGCCGCGAGCACCACCUAUCUUCGGAUAUUCAUCACCUCUCGCUCUGAGACCUCUGUGCUGGCAGUAUCGAAGGUCAUGAGAGACAUCUCCCUGAAGCACUUCUCCGGCUUCCACUCAUCCAUGGACUUCCGCACCGCCAUCCCACGGCCAUUCCUGGCUUAUUACCCAGCCCUCGUCAACCAAUCCUCAAUUCACGAGACAAUCAACCUUACCAGCCACGAACCCGACAUCAACACCAUCCGAUCCUAUCCCACCGGCCAUCCCUCCCAAUACUCCUCUCCCCCCACCAUCCGUGACAAUUACGACCCGGAAACCCCACAAGUCUUCAACGGCCCAACCAAACCCCUCCGCCUAGGCGACAUCGUCCUCGGCCGCUCCGGCGACAAAGGCGGAAACUUGAACGUCGGGUUCUUCCCCAAGAACCCUUCUCACUGGCCGUGGUUGCAGUCAUUUAUGACGAGGGAGCGGAUGCGAGAGCUUAUUGGAGAGGACUGGGAGGAGGGGUUUUUUAUUGAGAGGGUUGAAUUUGAGGGGAUAAGGGCGGUGCAUUUUGUGAUAUAUGGAAUUUUGGGGAGGGGGGUUAGUAGUUCGAGUCGGUUGGAUGGGUUUGGGAAGGGGUUUGUGGAUUAUGUUAGGGAUAAGGUGGUUGGUGUGCCGGUUGAGUUGGUGUAGUUGUUUAUCUGCUUUCACGUUAGUUUCUGUCGUUUCAUUGUAUGGUCAUAAUUCCAAUUACUUCAAUUGGAUUGACGAGGGUGUUGAGAGAGAUAAGGGUAUCCCGCCAAGAUCAAACACCAUCACACGACAGUUGUUGCGCUCUACAAAAGUCCUCGAUAAAUGUAUACAGAUACUCUCAUCGAGUCACACUUUGGAUGAAUACAUUACAGUAAACAGAACUGGUAUCAGAAUUGAGACGAAACAUGAUCCAUAACUAUAAACUUUUCG